ACGCUCCCAGCAGCACUUUCUCCUCCCAUCGCCCUCUCCGUCUCCGCACUCUCGGCCGCGCCCCGUCCUGCGCCGCAGCGAUGGAGUGUUCCUUCGGCAUUACGGGCCAGGGCUACUGCCUCAUUGCCUCCGACUCCAACGCCGCACGCUCCAUCGUCAAGAUGAAGGGCGACGAGGACAAGAUGAAGGUGCUCAGCGAACACCUCGUCAUGGCAUACAGCGGCGAGAGCGGCGACACGCUGCAGUUCUCAGAGUACGUCGAGCGCAACCUGCGCCUCUACGGCAUCCGGCACCACGUCGAGCUGCGUCCGCGAGCCGCGGCGGCGUGGAUCCGCAACGAGCUGGCCAACUCGCUGCGCACGCGCAACGCCUACCAGGUCAACCUGCUUCUCGGCGGCUUCGACAUGCCCACCUCCUCUCCCGCGCUCUACUGGGUCGACUACCUCGGCACCUCCAUCGAAGUGCCGUUUGCCGCCCACGGCUACGGCGCACACUUUACGCUCUCGACGAUGGACCGCUUCCACCGGCCCGACAUGAGUGUGCAGGAGGGCAUCGAGCUGCUGAAGAUGUGCAUUGGCGAGCUGAAGAAGCGCUUCAUUGUCGAUCUCGGCACGUUCAAGGUCAGACUGGUGGAUCGGGAUGGCAUCAAGGAGAUUACGCUGUAGGAGGGGCAAGAGAGUAAUGCACGAUGGAGCUGUGAAGACACGGAG